UUUAACUCCAUUCUACAUGUUUACAAACAGGAGGUUUACCACGAGAAACACAUCCAAACGUUCUGGGAGGAAAACCAGGAGGAUUUCUACAGCAUUAAAAUUGUUGGUCCAGAGGAGGAGCUGACCGAGGGUGAAGCCAGGGACAUGGGGAUGCACGUGUGUCGCCAGGACCCAGACUGUGACUAUUAUUUCAGCCUGGAUGCUGAUGUGGCCCUCAGUAAUCCAGAGACCCUGAAGAUUCUAAUCGAGCACAAUCGGUUUGUGAUUGCGCCAAUGGUCAGUCGUCAUGGCAAGCUGUGGUCCAACUUCUGGGGCGCAGUAAAUGCUGACGGUUACUACAGCCGCUCAGAGGACUACAUCGAAAUCGUGCAGUUGAAGAGAGUUGGUAUCUGGAAUGUUCCGUACAUCUCUCAGGCUUACUUGAUCAAAGGGGAGGUUCUGCGCAAUGAACUGAGGCAGAAGAAUGUAUUUACACAGGACGACCUAGAUCCUGAUAUGAUCUUCUGCAAGAAUCUCCGGAGAAAGGCACUCUUCAUGUAUGUGACGAAUCUCGAUGACUUUGGUCACCUCCUGUCACUCUCCAAUUAUAACACCAGUCACCUUCACAAUGACCUGUGGCAAAUCUUCACCAAUCCAGAAGAUUGGAAAGAGAAAUAUAUUCAUGAGAAUUACUCCCGGAUUUUCAGUGAGAAUCUCGUGCAGCAGCCGUGUCCUGAUGUGUACUGGUUCCCCAUUCUCUCUGAACGAGCCUGUGAUGAGUUGGUGCAAGAACUGGAGCAUUUUGGCCAGUGGUCUGGAGGAAAGCAUGAGGAUUCGCGGCUCAGCGGAGGUUACGAGAACGUCCCGACCGUUGACAUUCACAUGAGGCAGGUCGGCUUUGAGAGGGAAUGGCUGAAGUUCCUGAGGAAGUACAUUGCCCCGGUGACGGAGAAGUUAUAUCCUGGUUAUUAUACCAAGGCCGAGGCGGUGAUGAAUUUCAUGGUUCGGUAUCGUCCGGAUGAGCAGCCGUCGCUCCGGCCUCAUCAUGAUUCGUCAACGUUCACCAUCAACAUUGCCCUCAACACCAAGGGCGUUGACUAUGAGGGCGGAGGCUGCAGGUUCCUGAGGUACAACUGCUCGAUCGAGGCUCCCCGCAAGGGAUGGUCCCUCAUGCACCCCGGCCGACUCACCCACUUCCACGAGGGGCUGCCCACCACCCGGGGGACUCGCUACAUCAUGGUUUCCUUUGUGGACCCUUGACGGGGUCGCAGGGGGUCGGAGGGAGGGAGGGACAAGUGAUUGGACUGGCGGAGGCCGAUGACCUGGACGGAGGCCUGUGCCGGAGCCACUCCUCGACCUCAUUUGACAAUCAAGAGCAACCUAACCGGAAACCGCCGACCAGGGGCCACCCCCUC